UUGAACAAACGCACAAAACAACUUGCAAUGCUACCUAAUAAAUAAGUGUGCAACUUGUGCACCCAAUAUUUUAUCCAUAAUUUUCCAAUUCCAUUCCUGUUUUUUUCUUCUCUGUUUUAGCCGGGAUAUUAGGCAAGCUGUAGUAUAAAACAAGGCCUCACAACAUAGUACUAGUGCGUUCACGCAUCUGGAGAUUCUCCGUUUUUAAAAGAAAAGAAAUGAAGAAAUGCGAGCUGUGCAACAAGGUUGCAAGAAUGUACUGUGAAUCCGACGAAGCAAGUCUGUGCUGGGGUUGUGAUUUCAGGGUGCACACAGCAAACUUCCUAGUGGCCAAACACACCAGAACUCUUCUCUGCCAUGCCUGCCAGUCUCCAACUCCAUGGUCAGGCACCGGUCCCAAACUCGGCCCCACUGUUUCUGUUUGCGAGGCGUGUAUUAAUGGCGGGAGAGACAGAGGAGAUCGCACUGCCGAUGAUGAAGAUAAUGAUAACAAUGAGGAAAGCAGUGAUCUUACUCUUGUUGAUGAUGACGAUAUUGAAAACCAAGUUGUCCCUUUGUCUUUACCACCGUCUUUAGCGUCUUCGACUUCUUCCUGCAGAAAUGAGUCCUCCUUCACCACAAGAGAUGACUUAACUAGACCUACAAGUUCAUAUGAUGUAAGCGAAAGUGGGAAAGAGAAGAGCAGUGCUAAAAAGAUGAGAUCAUGGAUGUGGAGAUAGCACAAGAUGAAGACGACAGCAGCAGCUUCAAGGGUUGUAGUGCUAUGUGACCUAAUUAAUCACAAUUAGUCAUGUGUAUUAUUCACUUGUAGUAAAAAAUUUAGAGCAGCCAGCACAUUGUACUUUUUUAGCAGUUUAAAUGAUAUAGUUAGUGUUUGAGUUUAAAUUCUGACUCACAUUGUUCAAGAAAUGUGACUUUCAAAAGUGUUGUUCUCAUGUGUGAGUCUCAUGAUUCAUGUCCUAAUAUUUACCAAGUUCAAAGUGUGAAGGGAUAGCAUAGUA